AGAGAGAGAUAGAUGGCUUGUAUUGCAUUGACUUCUCUCAUGGCUACCAUUGAGCUUGAAUUUUUGCUUCCCAACCACAGAGUGUCGCUUCUUCAUGAUUAUGAAAAGCCAUUAUUGAAAUCUCUGCUUCAGAAGCUCUCUUAUAUGGAAGCCUUUGUGAAGAAGGAAUACAACAAUACUGUGGGUGGUGCACCAAUCCGACGACAUCUGCUAAACAAAAUCAGAAACUUUGCACUCAAAGUUGAAGAUGCCAUCGAAAUACAACUCACAAACAUCCUUCAACUUCAACAAAAAACUCAUGAAGGUGAACUCCAUCUCCAUCGAAGCUUGCAACAAGUAACAAAGGAGGCAGAAGAGUUGCUGAAGGUUAUCAACAACGAUGAUUUUCUUCCGUUGAUUGGUUGGUCAGAAGCUGCAGCUUCGCACCCUCACAAGAUUAUUGCGUCGUCGGGUGGAUCCUUUCAAUGCUCUCCACAGUUUGAGGAGGAGGAGGAGGAGGAUAUACUAAUGUAUUCAGAUCGAAGAGUACUCACAAUUAUUUUUGGAGCCCCAGGCAUUGGAAAGACUACUGUUUGUAAACAACUGUAUACAGACGAAGAGGUUGUAUCACAUUUCGACAUUCAAGCUUGGAUUACUAUUCCGCCAAGAUACAAUGGGAAUGUGCAACAACUACUGUGCCACCUUCUUCUUCAAUCAAUGAGGCCAACCCCCCUCAAUGAAGAAAUUGACAUGCUGCAGGGAAGCACUGCUUCUCAACUAAAAGACCAACUGCACAAACACUUGAGGAAAUGCCAAAGAUAUUUAAUUGUUUUGGAUGAUGUCCCUAACACUCAGCUUUGGGAUGAUAUCCACCAAUGUUUUCCUCAUGACUCAAAUGGAAGUGGGAUAUUGCUAACCACUCUUUUCACUGAUGUGGCUGAGUACAUCACCAGAAGUUCGAAUAUCAAGAGCCUGCCUUACCUAAGUGACGAGAAGAGUUGGGAUCUAUUUUCCCACAGAUUUUCUCUUAAACAGAAUAUGACACCUAAAUUUAAAGAAAUUGCAAAGAAUCUUGUUGAGGAAUGCAGAGGAUUGCCGCGCUCAAUUGUUACAGUUGCAGACCGUCUAUCUAAAUGCAACUACACAUUGAAGGAAUGGAAGAAGAUCGAGAAAGAAUUACUGUUAUUGGGAAUUCUGCAUAGAGAUACACAGCACUCAAUAAAAUCAAUGUGAAAAGACUUAUUAAGUUAUGGAUUGCUGAGGGAUUUGUGAAGCCGCUGAGGUGUCUGCCAUUAGAAGAUAUAGGUUACAUGUAUUUAAGGGCUCUUAAAAGUAGAGGACUAGUCAGAACAGAUGAUGAGUACUCUUUCAGACCAAAGACUUGUGAGAUACAUAUUGACAUGCAUAGCUUCUGCGUACGAGAAGUUCAAAAAGAAGGUUUUUUAUGUGCAGCAAAUACUCAACAAUGUAUUGGAUGGUCAUUAGACAUACUCGCAAAUUCAUGUCGCUGGUUAAGUUUACGCUCACAUAGUUUGGACUAUCAUGUGUUGUUUAGUUCAAAUAUCCCUCGCUCCAUUUUCGUCUUUCAGGGAGGUUUUGAAAGGUUUAUACCUUUCAAACAUUUAAGAAUUUUAGAUUUGAGUGAAUCUCUAAUACUCAAAAGAUUGCCAUUAUUGCCCUUAAGGAAUUUAGUUUUUUUUUAAGAUAUCUUUCCAUACCACAGUGGUUUGAUAGUUUUGAUGAUGUAGUAUCAAGAAAUUCAAAUUUACAAACACUUACUGUUUAUGGCACUGAUGAAUCAACACUUGGAGAACGUACUCUUCAUUUAUUGCCAUCCAAAAUUUGGGAACUACAACAUUUAAGGCAUCUCAAACUUGGGGAUAUGUAUAUGAUAGAACCUCCAAAUAUGGUUAAAGAGAAUUUGCAAACAUUAGUUUGUGCAAUGCCAAUUCAUUUCAGGAAAAAAGAAGUGUAUUAUUGCAGGUUUCCAAGCAUAAGAAAAUUGAAAGUUGUGUAUAAAGAUGUCUUAGUGUCUGGUUGCAGCGGUGGACGAUGUUGUAGAAAUCCUAUAAUCAUUUUGGAGAAUUUUGAGGAUUUAUUGAGGUUGCAGACUCUAACGGUUAUGGUUCCAGUUGGUAGUAUAACCCUUUUAGAGCGGCUUGGUUUUCCAGCAAAAUUGAAGAAGUUGAGGUUGAGUGGGACUAAUUUUCCAUCGAAGGUUUUAACGGUAAUUGGGCAGUUACCGAAGCUUAAAGUGCUGAAACUAGAGAAUGCUUUCUAUGACAGAGUGUGGGAACUGGUUGAAGGAAGAUUCCCUUAAUUAAAAGAGUUGGAGGUUGAAUCCAGAAGUCUUGAGCGAUGGGUGGUCAAUACUAGUAAUCAUUUCCCAAAGCUUGAUUACAUAUUCUUAAAACGUUGUUAUUCUCUAGAAGAGAUCCCUCUUGUAAGUGCAAUAACGCACCGGUUGCAGUCAAUUAAGUUGGAGCAAUGUCCUCCUGCUGUUGCAACUUCUGCCAAGAGAUAUCAAGAGAUGAGGCACAACAAAUUUUGGGUACCUGACAUUAUUGUUGACGGCAAGGCUUUAAGGGUAUGUUGGAUAUGUUUCUCUUAUUUCAUUCUUUUGUUUAUUUUCUUUGCAAAA